UUCUGAAGUAUAUUCCCUUCUCUGUGUUUAUCUUUGUUACGCUUUACGAGUCGGAUUCGUGGAGGUCAUUCCAAUUUUCUUCGACGAUGAUUGUCAUUACUAUAUAUACAUCCGGAUGUUUAUCCCUUCCUUGAGACGUCUUGCACGGCGAUAGAGGUGUUUUAUGAAAAAUCAGUGUCCCGUGUGUAUUCGCGAGCGAACGAUGAAGGCACAAACGGGGACAAUUCUCGUCGCUUGCCUCGCGAUUGUGACAUUUAACGAUGUAGUCGCAGGCGUCGAGGUCUCGUCGAAGGUCGAGUUAGAUUCGGACGAAAAUGAAGACACAUUAAGCAACACAGCCUCCGAUGCAGAUCCGAGCGAAUCUGCAUAUACAUCGGAAUCGAUCUCGAGUGUGUCCAAACUGCCGGCGGUCGGUUGGCGUCGUGAAAGCGAGCUGGUAAAGCCAAGGGGAACGAGAAAACGCAGAAUUUAUACUGCACGCGACGAUUCGUCUAGCCAGCCAAAGGUUAUCAAUAACAUACAGAUCGUUGUAAAUGGCAACGACAGUCUGCCAAGCGUGAACUCUUGCAAACAUAGUAUAUGCGACGUAUCAGUUUCGUCAAAACCCGAUGGGAAAGGCAAUAUCGUGACCGAGGUGCGUCUCAGCAUCGUCACGAGAGCGAAAUCGAACGUUCAGGUGAACGAUGUGCCUGUGAUCGAUGGUUUUCGAGGUGCCAGUAAAGAGUCAAGAGAGCAGCCGACUUUUCAUCCAACGAGCACAUCCAAUCUGUAUUCGCACUUGUAUCGUGAUUAUACUCCACAGAUUCAAUCGAAUUACCAGGGAUAUGGCGAGUCGUGGUACCAACAACGACGUACCUUUCAACGACCGUCAAUGUAUUUGGGUUAUCAGAAUUUCGGAGAUCGUGGCGAUGGAUUCCGAGGACACAAAACAUGGUCGCGGGAGAGAGCCAUAGUGGACGAUAAGAUCGAGGCGCCUCUCAGCAAGACCAAAUCCAGCAAUGAUACGAAUUCGUGAUUCCAUGAAAUCGUAAUAUACUCACGAUGUAAACGUUGCCAUACAUCGAAAGGUAUGUGGGAUUAUGUCGAUUAUUUA